AUGUCAAAGCCUCAGGAAGCGCCCUAUGGCACAUGGAGAAGCCCACUGUCUGCCGACAUUUUCGCUGCCGGUGCGGUAUCUCUAAAAGAGGUAGUCGUCAGUCAACCGAAUGGUAGAAUCCACCUCCUUGAGGUGAGGCCUGCUGAAAGUGGCCGUGGCUGUAUCGUUGAAAUUGGUGAUGAUGGUUGGUCACAUCGUGACAUCCUGCCUAAGGAAUACAAUGCUCUGACGCACGUGCACGAGUAUGGAGGAGCUUCAUUCACUGUCAGGAGCAACACUGGUCAUAUCAUCUUCUCCGACUUUGAAAGCAACCUCGUCUUCGACCUGGAUCCAGCGACACUCAAAGCGGAGCCCAUUAUCGAAGAAGAUUUCAAGAACUACUAUGCAGACUUCGAUGCCCACCCGACAGACUCCAGAUGGGUGCUAGCAAUCAAAGAAGAUCACCACUCAAGCAGAAUCGAAGACAUCGAAAACACCCUUGUUGCCAUCGACUCCAGCACGAGAACUGUACAUACCAUUGUAAGGGACGCGGAUUUCUAUGCAUAUCCUCGCUUUAGUCCAGAUGGCAGGCGUGUCUCGUGGACGCAAUGGCAUCAUCCGAACAUGCCAUGGCACUACAAUGAGUUGUGGGUUGCCGACUGGCAGCAGGGGAAGGUAGUCAACUCGAAGGUGGUCGCUGGCCGGGAUAUAAAGGAGAGCAUCACUCAGCCGCAGUGGGGAGAGGAUGGUUCUCUCUUCUUUGUUGGAGACCGUACCGGCUUCUGGCAACUGUAUCAAUUAGUGGACAAUGAAGUACGAUAUGUUCACGUCAAAGGUCUUGAAGAAGCAGAAUUUGGGGCACCCGAAUGGUCCCUUGGAAGCUCAACAUAUGCCUCCUUAUCAUCAGAGAAGCUCGUCGCGUUCUAUAACCUUGACGGAUCUCAGAAAGCCAUCAUAAUCGACGUCACAACAGGAGACUUCACCGACCCCGCCAUUCCAAUCAACGAGGUCAAUUCCACCGCCGUGAAACGCACAUCACCAAAGUCCUUCGCCGUCAUAGGCUCGACUGCCUCAACUCCAAAAGCCCUGUAUCACAUCAGACUCGACAACCCCCUCACCACAAGAACCCUCAAACCAUCCAUCUCCCUUUCCUUCCCCUUAACCUUCCUCUCAACACCUCAACCCAUCACCUACCCCCGCACCCGCAGCGGACCCCAGUCCGGCCACGCCCACGCCCUCUUCCUUGCCCCAACCAACCCAAAUUACACCAAACCCCCUUCAGCUCUUCCACCAUUAAUAGUAGCCAUCCACGGCGGACCAACCGGGCAGACGGGCAUCGGCCUCUCUCUCCGCGACCAAUACUGGACCACACGCGGCUACGCCCUAGUACAAAUAAACUAUGUCGGCUCCUCCGGCUACGGCAAGGAAUACGCAUCCCUCCUCAACGGCCAGUGGGGCGUGGCAGACAUCGCGGACGCGGCUAGCGCGGUCGACUAUCUCGCCGACAAGGGCUGGAUCGAUAAAAGCAGAGUGGGCAUCACGGGGUUGAGUGCGGGCGGCUACGCAACCAUGCAAGCACUAGCCACCUACCCGCAGGUCUUCCACGCCGGGGCAGCAGAGAGCGGCAUCUCCGACCUGCGCGCCAUGUUUGCCGAGACGCACAAAUUCGAAUCGAGAUAUCUCCAACCACUGUGUUUCCCGCCCAACGCCUCCCUCGACGACCAAGAGCGCAUCAUACGCGAGAGGAGUGCGAUCCACAACGCAGAGCGCAUCACGUCUCCCCUGCUGAUCCUGGCGGGCAAGCAAGAUAAGAUCGUGCCCCCUAGUCAGGCGACGGGGUUGAAGAACAGGAUUGACGAGGUCAGUAAGGGACGAGUGGAGUGUGAGGUCGUGGUUUAUGAAGGGGAAGGACAUGUAUUUACGAGUGGCGAGAACGUCAGGGACUCCGUGCAGAGGAUGGAGAGGUGGUGGGCCCGGUUCUUGCUUGGGAAUCGUGACUGA